UUCAAGAGCAACGGCCGGAUCACGUUCUUCGGAGACAGGCGCUUUGUAGCGAUACAGAACGAACUGUUUUUCAGGGGAUACCCGAAAGAUUUGCCGGACACAGCAAUGGACUCCGCAAUUCACACCACUAAACAGACGCCCUUCGCCGCGAUUCCUCGUCUGCCCCCGUACACGAUGGGUGCUCAUAGGCGAGCACACAGUGACAGUCCUUCCGUCCUGUGGAGACCCUGGCUCGUGACCAGCGAGGAUGCGCAAAGCCGGUGUCGUAGGACCAAGUCAGCAUGUCCAUACUCCAGAUUUGCAGCACCAGGGAACAAUGUGGUUGAUGGGAAAUCACAGUCCUUUCAGCAUCCUGUUAGGCUCUUUUGGCCCAAGUCCAAGUCUUAUGACUACCUCUACAGCGAUGGAGAGGCACUCCUCAGAAACUUCCCUGUACAGGCCACCAUCAGUUUCUACGAUGAGUCGGACAGCGAGGAAGAGGAUGAGGAGGCAGAGUGGGAGGACGAAGAAAGCGAUUCUGAGAGCUGCCCCAAGCAAACCUCUCAUUUCACCUGCUGGAACUGAGCUCGGACUCCACUUUACCCGCACACCUCCAUGCCAACUCCCGAGAGCCCCUGUCCUAGCUUUUCCCAUGGGACGGCAUUUAAGAUGGGCCAGUCAGGACACAGGCACGGCAAGAUCAGAACACUGUCCUGCCUGGGCUGUAUUUCAUGUGCUGUGUACUACUGUGUCCAGAACAGCAGUGAAUGGGAACACAGAAACAAAAUCUUGAUUGUAUUACUCA